ACCAGAUAUACUCUAGUGCACAAAAAAUUGAGGUUAUGUACAGUGAAAACGUUGCAAGUGGCUGAAAUGUCAACUUUGGAAUACUCCGAAGCACUCUCAACCUAUGGAAGAUCUUCCCGGAAAAACGUCCACAACUGUAAACAAUGCCCCUAUUUUACCACAACGCUUUUUCUUAUGUUCAACCACGUCAGACAACACCGCUCAUCUCCCCAAAAAUUUAAAUGCGAAAACGCCAAAAUUGAACCUUAUUACUGCAAAGACUGCAACUUUAAAACUGAUCUCACGAUUCUGUUCAAACAACACAUCGACACUAACCACGGCUUUAAGCAAGAAUCAGGAGACGAUUCAUCAAGUCUGGACUUGGUUAUCGAAAACUACGUUUGUGAAAAUUGCGACUUUGCAACAAAUUUCUCGUUAAAGUGGUUUCAGCAUACUUCGCGAUGUACCAGAGAGAAAGCUAAAAGGUGUUCGUGUAAAAAGGACUGCAAAUGGUACGAAUGUGGACACUGUCCAUACAAAACCACAUUUAAACACAAACUGAAAAGACACCAAAAUUCGCUCCACUUGAGUGGACAAGACGCUAAAUGGUACGAAUGCAACAACUGCCAUUUCAAAACCAAACACAAAUCAUCUCUAGAGUUUCACACAGUUGCAAAACACCCAAAUCUACAAGAACAAUUCAAAACCUACAAAUGCAAAAGUUGCAAAUUUGAAACCAAGCACGUUUCGAAUUUACGAAGACACGUAAUUUCCGUACAUUUGGAUGAAAUUGACAUUAAGUGGUACGAAUGCCAACAGUGUUCUUUCAGAGCUAAACUUCGCUAUAAUUUAACCGAGCACAUGAAACGCGACCAUUCGAAAAAGUCGGAAUGGUAUAAAUGUGCGAAAUGUUCAUACAAAAGCAAAAUGAAACCGAAUUUAAAGAGUCAUUUGAAGGUGCAUUUGGAAAGAAAACCGUUUCAGUGCGAAUAUUGUCCAUUUAGGACGAAAUACAGCGGCAGCUUAACCGACCAUAAAAAUAACUGUCAUUUGGAUGGAACUGGCGCUAAAUGGUUUGAGUGCGAACACUGCACCUACAAAAGCAAAAGUCGGUCAACUUUUUAUAAACACAGAAAAAAACAUUGUAGAUGAGAACACCUGUUCAUUAUACCCACUUGACGUUCCUGUUGUGUCAACACUGUCAUUAUUUGAGGUUAUGUGUUCGAAAACGUGUUGAUUUAACCGUAAUAAACUAAUUUUUAAACAAUUUAGCGGCCCCUCUUUCUUGAUUUAACAACAAAAUCAACGAAAACAGCGUAAUUCGUUGUUCCAAAAAUACAAAUGUCAUGUUUGACGUAAAAAUGUUAGGUUAGGUGUCAUUCAGGCCCCAAAAUGUCGAUUUUGGAGUAUUCUGAAGCAUCCACGACGUGGCGAAAAUCAUGGAAAAAUUGCCACAACUGCACACUGUGUCCCUACUUUACAAAUUCGUUUUUCUUGAUGGUAAACCACGUGAGACGACACCGUUCCACUCUAGAAAAAUUCGACUGUGGACACCCAGUUGAAACGUACCAUUGUAAAGACUGCGACUUUAAAACCGAACUAACGAUUUUAUUCAAACAACACAUUAACAAAAAUCACGGUUUUAAAACCGAAUCUAGAGAGGACUUUAACUUAGAAAACUACGUUUGUGACAAGUGCCACUUUGAAACAAAUUUCUCGUUAAAGUGGCUUCGGCAUGCUUUAACUUGCACAAGAAUUGAACAGAAUGCCACUAAUAGUUGCGAUUUCGAGCCACCUAAAGACUUACACUUGUACUAUUACUGCAGUUAUUGUUCCUACAAAUCUAGAACUAAAAAAAAUUUAAAAUUCCACGUGAGAGCUCUCCAUUUAAACGAGCGCUACGCCUGCACCAAGUGUCCAUUUAAAAGUCGAUAUAAAACACCUCUAAAACGACACAUAAAUGAAAACCAUUUCGUUGAAAAAUGGUACGAGUGUGACAAAUGCCCAUUACGAACGAAAUACAAAACAUCUUUGGCGACCCACUUAAUUGUAAAACACUCAGAUGAUGAGAAAAUUAAGUGGUACGAAUGCGAACAGUGUCCUUUCAGAGCCAAAUUUCGCCAUAAAUUGAAGACGCACAUGAAACGUGAACAUUCAAAAAUUCCGAAUUGGUUUGAAUGUGGGAAAUGUUCAUACAAAACUAAAACGAAGCCGAAUUUAGACAGUCAUUUACGGGUGCAUUUGGAAACCAAACCCUAUCAGUGCGAAUAUUGUCCAUUUAAAACGAAAUACGGUGGCAGCUUAGCCGAUCAUAAAAAUAACUGUCAUUUGGAUGGAACUGGCGCUAAAUGGUUCGAGUGCGAACACUGCACCUACAAAAGCAAAAGUCGGUCAGCGCUUUAUAAACACAGAAAGAAACAUGUGUAGGUUUUAAUAAAUGUAACGUUUUUUAAAAAAUACACCAAAUUGUGAAUGAGAACACCUGUUCAUUGUACUCCUUGACCUUGUUCUGUCAUUAGUUGUUUGACGUUUUGAGGUUAUGUACUCAAAUAGGUUUAUAUAAAUUAUGAAGUAUUGUUUUAAUAAUCAGACGGUUUUAGGCAACAAAAUGUCGAUUUUGGAAUAUUCGGAAGCUUCUGCAGCAAGAAAAAACGUCCACAGAUGUAAACUGUGCCCCUAUUUUACAACUUCGCUUUUCUUGUUGGUAAACCACGUGAGACGACACCGAUCCUUGGAAAAAUUCGAUUGUGGACACCCAAUUGAAAAGUACUAUUGUAAAGACUGCGGUUUUACAACUGAACUAACGAUUCUGUUGAAACAACACAUCAACAAACGUCACCGUUUUAAAACAGAAUAUAGAGACAUAGAAAAGUACGUUUGUGAGAACUGCCACUUCCGAACAGAUAUCACAGUACAGUGGCGUUGGCAUGCUUCAAUUUGCACAGGAGUGAACCAGAAUAGUUUCGAUUUUGAGCCACCCGAAGACACACAUUUAUAUUAUCAUUGUACUAAUUGUUCAUACAAAGCUAGAACGAAAACAAAAUUAAAACUUCACAUGAGAGAACUGCACUUAAACGAGCGGUAUGCAUGCAACAAGUGUCCAUUUAAAACUAGAUGUAAAAAACCGUUAACAAAACACAUAAAAGAAAACCACUCGGAUGGACAAUGGUAUGAAUGUGAACAUUGUCCGUUCAGAACAAAGUAUAAAACAUCUUUAGUGUCCCACCUACGUAUGAAACACUUAAAUGACGAGAAAAUUAAGUGGUACGAAUGCGAAAAGUGCCCAUACAAAGUCAAACAAAAAUCUUAUUUGAAAAAACACAUCAUUUCCAUCCACUUGAACGAAGAAGAGCUUAAAUGGUACGAAUGCAAAGAGUGUCCAUAUAAAGGUAAAUUUGAAACGUCUUUAAGAAAGCACGUCAAUCGAAUCCAUCGAAACCAACAAGACGGGAAAUGGCACAAGUGUGAAAAGUGCGCGUUCAAAACCAGGCUCAAAUCGAAUUUAGAAAAACACAUUAAUUGCUUUCAUUUGAAUGAGAAAGUCGUUAAGAGGCACGAAUGUAACGAGUGUCCUUUCAGAAGUAUGCAUAAACUGUUUUUGGAGAGGCACAUGACUGCAGUACAUGGAAUCGAAUUGUUAUAAGUGCUAAAUGUGUAUAUUUUUUUAAACAAUAAAUAAUUGACAGGAAUUUUU